AUGGGUGGGAGAGCAUUCCAGGUGGCUGGGGGAGCAAGCCAGAGGCUCGAGGCAGCCCAGCAUGGAGCACUUGAAGAAUGUCAUGUGUGGAUUGAUCCAGAGGUCCGGAAGGAGGUUAGGAUUUCCUGGGAUCUGGACCUGUUGGCUCUGGGGAAAGUGCUCAAACAGGCUUUUGGAGAGAAGAUAACCAUGACUGUUCGUGACCGGCCCUUUGAACGGACAAUCACCAUGCAUAAGGAUAGUACUGGACACUUCGGCUUCAUCUUUAAAAAUGGAAAGAUCACAUCCAUAGUGAAAGACAGUUCGGCAGCCAGAAAUGGUCUUCUCACAGAACAUAACAUCUGUGAAGUCAACGGGCAGAACGUCAUUGGGCUGAAGGACUCUCAAAUUGCAGACAUACUGUCCACAUCUGAGUCUGUAGUUACCAUUACCAUCAUGCCUACUUUUAUCUUUGAACAUAUUAUUAAACGGAUGGCACCAAGCAUCAUGAAAAGCCUGAUGGAUCACACCAUUCCUGAGGUUUAAACAUCAUGGCACAAUGGAAACUUCGCUGAACUUCUCCAGUUUACUUCUUGGGCAACUUAACUUUAUAUUAUGCACAUGAAGCUUUCUAGGAGCCAGAGAGCAUAUGCUGCAUGAAGACCUUUUUUUCUUACAUCAUGGCUGGGAGUCUUA